CCAGCAUCAACACAUCAUGUUCGCCCCAGCACGAAGACGCUGCGCUCACAGCAUUGCUAAAUCAUCAGCUCAUUCUACCGACCUGUUACCGAGUUUUCUGCUACCCGCGCUCUCGAGACCCGCCGCUUCGAGGACCUUUACCACCACGGCACCAUGUCAAUCGAAGAUUGGAUCUGCACCGCUCUCAGUACCUUCUGGUGUCACAUUUCGGGUGAUAGCGCCUUCCACAAAGGGUAGAGGAUCAAGGGUACAGGCAAUGUCUACAGUAGAGAUCAAGGGCCCGCUCGGCGAGCUUUCAAUGGAGGUCCCUCACUACGUCAACAUCAACCAAGAUGCGGCCCUAGGUGGGCCGACAUUAACGAUACAAGAUUCGACAGAUGCGAAACAGAAAGCUAUGUGGGGCACAACGCGCGCUUACCUCCAGAACCACAUCCUCGGUGUGAGCGAAGGGCACAGCGCUAUCCUCCGCUUCGUCGGCGUAGGUUUCCGUGCCUCGGUCGAGAACAGCGCAACGACCGUCGAGUCCGAAUAUCCCGGCCAGAAGUUCGUAAAUUUGAAGGUUGGCUACUCUCACCCAGUCGAGCUUGGCAUACCGAAAGGCGUUACCGCAAGUACACCACAGCCAACACGCUUACUAUUGGAGGGGCCAGAAAAAGAGGUGGUUAUGCAAUUCGCAGCGAAUAUCAAGAAGUGGAGGAAACCUGAGCCGUAUAAGGGCAAGGGUAUCUUUGUGAAUGGGGAAACGAUCAAGCUGAAGAACAAGAAGAUCAAGUGAGGAGCUAUGUGCAAUCUGUACAUUUGUAUCAUAUGUAUUGGCGUUGUAUCAUAUUUUGGAAGGUUGCAACGAGUUUCAAUAGUGUAGUCUGGAAGCUGAUACUGAGAAGGAUAAGUGCAUCACAUGUCGAUUCUGUGCUGUUCUAUAACUCAUCUUGUCCACACAUGCUUCUUUGAACAGAUCUAACUGCGAUCUUCAACAUGCAAUUUCAUGCGCUUAGGGAGCUUUAAAGCUAUGUCUACAU